UCUUUGACGAACACACUCCACUCCAAUGAGAAGUUGUGAGAGCCAAAUUUCAGUCCCUUGCAAUUAGCGCACAAACAAUCUGGUUUUUCCUUUUCUUUCUCCCUCAUAGAUAGGAAGACAUUAUUAAAGAAGAAAACAGCAGAUGUAGUCGGCUUUCGAUAUCCUUAGAUAGGUUACAAUAGUGAUAUAUAUAUAUAUAAAACCCAAAGAGACUGUGAGAGAUAAAGAGGCAGAGAAAGGGGGAAAGAUGGGAAAUCAGAAGCAGAAGUGGAAGGCGGAGGAGGAGGAGGCGCUGCUCGCGGGAGUGGCCAAGCACGGACCCGGCAAGUGGAAGAACAUUCUCAAGGAUCCAGAAUUUGCUCCUUUCCUCACUCAUCGAUCUAACAUUGACCUCAAGGACAAAUGGCGAAAUCUGAGUGUUAAUCCUGGUGGAUCCGGCGCUAAAGAUAAGUCAAGAACACCUAAACUAAAAGCUGUUGCAGCAGCAGCAGCAGCUGCUGCUGCUUCAACUCCCAAUGCUCCAAAUUCAACCCCAUCUGGUCUAGUUAACCAUAAUGCAUCAGCUGAUAUUGCCUUGGAUGAUCCUUCAAACAGCCCAGCAGAUGGGAACAAUGCUCCUAGGUAUAAUUCAAUUAUAUUUGAAGCUCUUUCGACCAUAAAAGAUCCAAACGGAUGUGAUAUCAGUGCCAUUGUUAACUACAUUGAGCAAAGGCAGGAGGUACCACAAAAUUUUAGAAGGUCAUUGAGCUCGAGACUGAGAAGGCUUGUUGCUCAAGGAAAACUUGAAAAGGUACAAAAUUGCUACAAGAUCAGAGAAGAUACCUCUUUGGAAAACAGAACAGCUAUCCUGAGACAAAAGGAUGUGAGAUUGCGGCCACCACAGAAUUCACCACUGGCAACUUGUGGUCGGGCAAUGGAGGAAGCAUCAGUAACUGCUGCCUAUAGACUUGCUGAAGCAGAAAACAAAUCAUAUUUGGCUGCAGAAGCAGUUAAGGAGGCAGAACGAAUCUCCAAGAUGGCAGAAGACACUGAUUCAAUGCUACAGAUUGUGCAAGAGAUAUAUGAUCAAUGUGCACGCGGUGAAAUUGUCCCCUUGGUUUGAGCUGUAUGUAGAGUCAUUGGUACAAUGGAGCAGCUGAUCGUUGAUUUGUCUCUCAUAUGUGGAACUUGCUUUAGAAAUCAUGGGCGCUGGGAUCACAUUGAUGUACAAAAUAACUUAUUUUCAGUAGGAAUGGAUUUUGCUUAAAUUAAUUCUUUUCUGAUAGUCAAUUCUGAGGCUGGGUGCGCAGUCUCUUCCUUUA